AUUAUUCACUUCCGGGUGAGACCACUCAGGCGCCAUCUUGUCUUGUUCGUGAAGAAGUAGAAGCAUCGAAAGGGUUGGAGAGCUAUUACAGGAACGGUGGGGACAAGGGUGUUCCGGAACCAGAGUAGGACAUAAGUAAUACUGCUGCUAUGCUUUCAAGCUAUAGUCUGAAUCAACCUAAAUUUUAAGCAGAAAGUGAAGCUCUGAGGUAAAAAAUCACAUAUAUUUUAAAAGAAAGGAUGUGGGAUCAAGGAGGACAACCUUGGCAACAGUGGCCCUUGAACCAACAACAAUGGAUGCAGUCAUUCCAGCACCAACAGGAUCCAAGCCAGAUUGACUGGGCUGCUUUGGCACAAGCUUGGAUUGCCCAAAGAGAAGCUUCAGGACAGCAAAGCAUGGUAGAACAACCACCAGGAAUGAUGCCAAAUGGACAAGAUAUGUCUACAAUGGAAUCUGGUCCAAACAAUCAUGGGAAUUUUCAAGCGGAUUCAAACUUUAACAGAAUGUGGCAGCCAGAAUGGGGAAUGCAUCAGCAACCCCCACACCCCCCUCCAGAUCAGCCAUGGAUGCCACCAACACCAGGCCCAAUGGACAUUGUUCCUCCUUCUGAAGACAGCAACAGUCAGGACAGUGGGGAAUUUGCCCCUGACAGCAGGCAUAUAUUUAACCAGAACAAUCACAACUUUGGUGGACCACCCGAUAAUUUUGCAGUGGGGCCAGUGAACCAGUUUGACUAUCAGCAUGGGGCUGCUUUUGGUCCACCGCAAGGUGGAUUUCAUCCUCCUUAUUGGCAACCAGGACCUCCAGGACCUCCAGCACCUCCCCAGAAUCGAAGAGAAAGGCCAUCAUCAUUCAGGGAUCGGCAGCGUUCACCUAUUGCACUACCUGUGAAGCAAGAGCCUCCACAAAUUGAUGCAGUAAAACGCAGGACUCUUCCAGCUUGGAUUCGUGAAGGUCUUGAGAAAAUGGAACGUGAAAAGCAGAAGAAGUUGGAGAAAGAGAGAAUGGAACAACAACGUUCACAGUUGUCCAAAAAAGAAAAGAAGGCCACAGAGGAUGCUGAAGGAGGAGAUGGCCCUCGUUUGCCUCAGAGAAGUAAAUUUGAUAGUGAUGAAGAAGAUGAAGACAAUGAAAAUGUUGAGGCUGCAAGUAGUGGGAAAGUCACCAGAAGUCCAUCACCAGUUCCUCAAGAAGAGCAAAGUGAACCAGAGAUGACUGAAGAAGAGAAAGAGUAUCAAAUGAUGUUGCUGACAAAAAUGCUUCUGACUGAAAUUCUACUGGAUGUCACAGAUGAAGAAAUUUAUUAUGUAGCCAAGGAUGCACACAGGAAAGCAACGAAAGCUCCUGCAAAACAGCUGGCACAGUCCAGUGCACUGGCUUCCCUCACUGGACUCGGUGGACUGGGUGGUUAUGGAUCAGGAGACAGUGAAGAUGAGAGGAGUGACAGAGGCUCUGAGUCAUCUGACACUGAUGAUGAAGAAUUACGGCACCGAAUCCGGCAAAAACAGGAAGCUUUUUGGAGAAAAGAAAAAGAACAGCAACUAUUACAUGAUAAACAAAUGGAAGAAGAAAAGCAACAAACAGAAAGGGUUACAAAAGAGAUGAAUGAAUUUAUGCAUAAAGAGCAAAAUAGUUUAUCACUACUAGAAGCAAGAGAAGCAGACGGUGAUGUGGUUAAUGAAAAGAAGAGAACUCCAAAUGAAAUAUCAAAUUUAGAACCCAAAAAGGAGCAUAAAGAAAAAGAGAAACAAGGAAGGAGUAGAUCAGGAAGUUCUAGUAGUGGUAGUUCCAGUAGCAACAGCAGAACCAGUAGUACUAGCAGUACUGUCUCUAGCUCUUCAUACAGUUCUAGCUCAGGUAGUAGUCGUACUUCUUCUAGGUCAUCUUCUCCUAAGAGGAAAAAGAGACAUAGCAGGAGCAGAUCUCCAACAAUGAAAGUUAGACGCAGCAGGAGUAGAAGUUACUCUCGCAGAAUUAAAAUAGAGAGCAGCAGGACUAGGGCAAAGAUAAGAGAUAGGAGGAGAUCUAAUAGAAGUAGCCUUGAAAGAGAAAGACGGCGAAAUCGGAGUCCUUCCCGAGAGAGGCGUAGAAGUAGAAGUCGCUCGAGGGAUAGACGAACCAAUCGUUCCAGUCGCAGUAGGAGUCGAGAUAGGCGUAAAAUUGAUGAUCAACGUGGAAAUCUUAGUGGGAGCAGUCAUAAGCAUAAAGGUGAGGCUAAAGAACAAGAGAGAAAAAAGGAGAGGAGUCGAAGUAUAGAUAAAGAUAGGAAAAAGAAAGAUAAGGAAAGGGAGCGUGAACAGGAUAAAAGGAAAGAGAAACAAAAAAGGGAAGAAAAAGACUUUAAAUUCAGUAGUCAAGAUGAUAGGUUAAAAAGGAAACGAGAAAGCGAAAGAACAUUCUCUAGGAGUGGUUCUAUAUCUGUGAAAAUCAUAAGACAUGAUUCUAGACAAGAUAGCAAGAAAAGUACUACCAAAGAUAGUAAAAAACAUUCAGGCUCUGAUUCUAGUGGAAGGAGCAGUUCUGAAUCUCCAGGAAGUAGCAAAGAAAAGAAGGCUAAGAAGCCUAAACAUAGUCGAUCGCGAUCCGUGGAGAAAUCUCAAAGGUCUGGUAAGAAGGCAAGCCGCAAACACAAGUCUAAGUCCCGAUCAAGAUCAACAACCCCUCCCCGUCGUAAACGCUGAGGAAUGAUGUGGCAAGAAUGCCAUUGAUGUUCUUUAAAAAAAUUCCAUGAGUUUUAAGGGCUUGUCUCAUUAUAGAGGCACAUUGUGGCUGUGUAGGUGAAACCAGAGUUUUUUUUUUUUUUUAAUCUGUAAAUAGAUGUACUUUUUUCAAUGCUGCUCCAAGUUACUUAAUAGGAUUUCUUUGUAUUACAUUUUUUUUCAAAAAAAGUAGUGCAUAAUAAGACUAUAAACAUGCCAUUCUCUUUCAGCUGUAAUGUUCUUAAAAUUAUUCUUGAAUGUACUGUGACGUCAAUAAAGCUCUUUAGUUCAUUUUUGUUAAAUUCUUGCACCUUAAUUUUAUGAUUUCAGUCUAAGGAACGUACUUUUAUAAAAAGGCAGCUGGAAUUUUGUAUAACAGGUUUUAAAGGUACUUCCUCUUACCACCCCCAAAGAAAAUGGUUUUAAUUUCAUAGUUUGUCAAAGUUUAUAAAUUGUACCCAUGAACUUCUGUCAAAUUCCAACUUUAAGGGUGUGGAAGAGGGCUAGAAAUCAAAUCUUUACUUUUCAUUUGGAAGCAUUUGACAGUUUUAUAAACUUUUCUAUUUUGGGGAUUUUCCAGUAGUAUAUUCUUUAUGUGUAUGAAGUAUGGUUCUCUCUUGUAAAAUGCAAUCGCUGCAGUCAAUCAAGUCAGUACACCCAUUGAGUUAUUUGUAAGGAACAAUUGUGUUUGACCCUAAUAGUCAAGUCUGGAACUAUAUUCUACACUCAUCCACUUCUGUUUUAAAAGCAUAUUUAAACACUUUAAGGUUAUUAUAGAAAUAAGACUCAUGAUUCAAUAUAUUUAUUUAUAUUUUUAAAGUAUAAUAUGACCUCAACUCAAUAGAGGAAUGCUGUACGUGCAGGAAUGCAGGUUUGUGUCAAUUUCCUAACAUUAAAGUACUCUGGUUUUAUCAGUUUCUUAAAAUUAUGAUCAUGAGUAUUGAGUGCUGGGCUCUCAAGGCAUUUUAACUUAAGUGCUCAACUGCUUUCAGGUCCAUUUUUAUAUGAUUACUCAUUUAUGCAGUAAUAGAUUAAUUUCCCAAAACAAGUUUUGCUUCUAAGUUUUAAGAAGGAAAAAAAAAAAAAAGCAGGUACAGGACACAGAAAAGUUUUACAAUAUGCCUUUUUACCAGCAAUAGUUCAUUUUAAAAAUAAUACCAAAUUUUUGCCAAGAUCAGUGUUCUCUCAAAAAGAUAGAAAUAUUUUGUACCGUGUGCUCUUGUACCUCUCCAUAGGUUCUUAUAUAAUUUUGAGUAGUUAUGCAUUUAUCUAGAGGAAAUAAAUCAACUGUGAAUAAAUGCAUGUUUACCAAACUGGCUGUUUACAGUGCAUUUAGUUCUGAUAUUUAUAAAGAUGACAUUGCACAGAAUAGCUCUAAAAUAGUUUGGAGUUCUAUAUAGUGUAGGCAUCAGUUACAUCUGGGGACAAAGGAAAAUGUGCAAUAUUUUUUAUGUAGGUGAGUUAACACAAUGUACCUUAUUGCAGGAUUAUCUCAUUAAUUUGUAAUAGAUAAGUUGUAUAACAUAUAACAUUUUCAUAUCUUAAAAUGUUUUUUAGAUCAAUCUUGAAGUGAAAUAUUUUCAAAAUAAAAUAUUACAGAAAAA